AAGUGUCCUUACGAGAAAAAAAGCUUGACAUUAUGAAAGACAGAAAACUGCUCCGUCAACGUGCACGUAUAUGAAGACUUUUCAUUCAAGGUUUUAUUUUCGAAAACUAGGUAUUGUUACUUUUGUCUGUCAGUCUUCACGUGAGAAAAAAGACAUAGAAUCGUGAAGGAGGAGCUACAAAAUCCACAAAUUACAGCACUUCAAACAAGCUGGAAGAUUAGCGAGGACUGCCCAGAUUAAACAGAACGUCGCGGGGGACACACAAACAAAGGCCCGGCGACAAUCCGGUCGGUCGGCGCAUGGGUAAUAAGGUCGGCCGGGGGUAGUAGUACGGGGGUAGCCAUGGCGGAUGCCAAGCGCGGGUUGGCACGGGAGUUUUACCGGCGUUUCUCAACGAAAGAAAACGAGAUGUAGCGACUUUUGUGAGAUAUCCAAACGAAAUCAGACGGCAGAGAUAUUCGAGUGACGAUUGGAUUUGCGUUUUGCCGGAAUACCGACCACAGAAGAUGACAUGGAGGACCUAUGAGUGAGAAAAACGUCGUCUGCAAGAUAGUCUCCCAACUGAUGCUGACCUCCAGGGCUCCAUCCCCCCCUGCCUCACCAGGAUGGACUCUCCCACCAGCCAGCCGCCCAGCAAGCGCCCACGGGUGGGGACAGACACCGACUCCUCCGAGACAGCCUCCUCGGGGAAGCGUGCGUCCCUCCCCGCCAAAAGAAAGAAGAACGCUGCGAACGUGAGGUGGAAGAACUACCGGCGGACGGACGAGGUGGAGGGGAAGCGGAAGUACCAGCGCUACCCCAAACCGCCGUACUCCUACCUGGCCCUGGUCGUCAUGGCGAUACAGAACGCACCUGAGAAGAAGCUACCGCUGAAGGAGAUACACGAAGCACUCAAGAAAAUGUACCCGUUCUUCCGCGGUGACUACACGGGUUGGAAAGACUCCGUACGCCACAACCUGUCCACCUACAAGUGUUUCUACAAGGUGCCUAAGGACCCCAGCCGCCCGUUCGCCAAGGGGAACUACUGGGCCGUGUACGAGGACAAGGUUCCGAAGGAUGCCUUGAAGAAACAGGACAGUUCCAGUGAGCGAGAGGGAGAGGCCGACUACGAGACUCCAGGGUCUGUGUGCACCACUACUUCGGAAGACUCGGGAAACCUCGCGGGCAGUGAGAGCCCUGCAUCCGAGGUGUCCUCCCUGCAAAGUCCCUUCGCCAUAGACUCUAUCCUGCACGCGGCGGGACCGAGCGAGACUGCAACGAGCGGCAGUGUGAGACCGAGAGUUUCGCCCAAAAAAUUCCAGGACACUGCAGUGCAAUGUGGUGGUGACGACGAUUCGUCAGAUUCUGAUUCCGAUUUGGAUUUGGACGACUUCGUGGGGACCGCGAUCAGGACUUCGACGCCGUCGGGGACCGUACCGACGCAAACGGCUGCCGAGAGGCUGUCCUCUAGCGCCGUCUACCCCCCGCGUCACCCGGUCGUGCCGAUCUCACAGUACAGACGGUCUCCCUGCUUCUUCCCGCCGUACAACACCGCGACGAGCUCCAGUUCAAGUUCGUUAUCCUCCAGUGAGUACGAGUGCCACCAGCCUAACGGACAUGCCUUCCCCUCCAGAAGCCGGUACGGUGACCGAGACUUUCUGGCUACCGGCGCCAGGGCCUACCCGAACUUUCACAGUCUCCUCCCCGCCAGCAACGACAGGAUCCCAGCUCCUAACGCCAGCAUCUUCCCCGAGAACAGAUUCUCCGGUGCCACCCCCGUGCGGAGUGCCAGCCCCUUCCCGCAGGACAGAUACCCGUCUCCGAACAGAACUCGCGGGUCAGAGGACAGACCGUCCCCGGUUAGCCGGGAGUACCAGAGACUGCCCCAUCAGCGGUACCCCACCAACCCGCCCAUGCCCAGGUACGACGUGGUGGACCCAGAACCGUUCUACCGUCCGACCGGCCAGCAGAUGUUCAACUACGACAAACUCCUGUCCGUGGUUCCGCCCAACAAGAGUGUUCUGGACUUGAUGUGCUAUAACCAGCCCAUCCCCUUCUCUAACUUGAGACCGAACUAUCCUUCGUACUUCCCGCCACCACCUCCACCACCUCCGAACUUCAGAUACUGAUUCAAAUGUCACACAUUGUAAUAUAAGAUGUUUUGUUGUAACUGUAACGAAAGAAGCCUUAUUUUCAUUGAAAAGCUCCAAGUUGUAAUUAUAAAGGCUCCAGUUGUAGCUGGAAUGAAAUACGUUCUUAAACUUUUAUCACUGAAAAGCUGUUAGCACCUAGGGAAACGUUUGUAUCAGGAAAACCAUAUUUGGGCCCAAUCAAAUGAGCGUGAUUUGGGCGAUUAUGAUGUUGUAAUGUUCAUGUUUUUGUUUUGUUUUCAUUUACAUUUUGCACAUUGUUCGUUUUGCCUCAUUUUGCACCUUUUCCCCAGUUUUCCAGUAUUUUGUUUGCACGUACACGUCUUGUUAAAACGAUCUACAUGUGCUGCUCAAAUGUACACAAAACUGCUGCUGCUGUUCAUGAAGUUUUGUAUAGACAAUCCUUUUGUAAAUAUGAGCGAGUUCUACCGUUUCUACUGAGAAUAAGAUACUAGUAAACUGUACAGCGACAUUUUCUAUAUUUAUUUCAGUUUAAGGUGACGACAGUUGUUGAAUAAAAGUUUGUUUGCUUUUCUAA